AUGGGAUUCUUUAUACCAGAGAGUGCACUAAGUAAUUUGAAACUUUACAGAUACCAGAGUGAAGACCAUUCAUUAUUAUCCAAUGCUUUCCUAAAGGAUUUCUGGAGGAAAGCUGCCCUUAUAUUCCCAGUGUGGAUGGCGCCUAACUUGGUCACUCUCUCUGGGUUAGCAUUUAUUAUUAUCAAUGUGUUGACGGUGCUAUAUUAUGACCCAAAUCUUUCUCAAGAGACACCUCGUUGGACCUAUUACUCCUAUGCCUUAGGCAUGUUUUUAUAUCAGACAUUUGAUGCUUGUGAUGGUAUGCAUGCCCGUCGUACUGGACAAUCAGGCCCACUAGGGGAGUUAUUCGAUCAUUGUAUUGAUUCUAUUAAUACAACCUUAUCACUGUUAUUGUACAUAUCAACUACAGGAAUAGGUUAUAGUUACAUGUUCAUUUUUGCUCAAUUCAGUGUCCUAUGCAACUUUUACUUAAGUACAUGGGAGGAAUACCAUACCCAUAAACUAUUUUUGUCUGAAUUCUGCGGACCUGUUGAAGGUAUUAUAAUGUUAUGUGUGUUAUAUGUCUUAACUGGUAUGUUCGGUCCUCAAGCAAUUUGGCACACCAUUUUGUUUAAGAUUCCAUAUGACGGUAGAUUAAUUGACUUUGAAACUAUACACUUGAUGAAUUCAUUCUCUUCUGUUGCAUUACUAUUUAACAUUUCAGCUGCUACGAAGAAUGUUUCAGAUUAUUACAAGGAACAUGCUGGUUCUGAUUCAACAGAUAAAUCUAAGGUUGAUUCAAAAAUCUCUAAUGCAAUUAAUGGAUUGAUCCCAUUCUUCUUGUUUUUUGCAUCAGUUUUCGUUUUGGUCCUGGUAGAUGAAAGAUUUAUAACAUUACCUUUGAUUUUGAGCAUUGGUUUAAGUAUGGCCUUUGUAGUCGGUAGGAUCAUCGUUGCCCAUUUAACUUUACAAGAAUUCCCUAUUUAUAAUAUUGCAAUGUAUAUACCAUCACUUCAAUUAAUUUGCUUCAUUGUGAUGACUAAGAUACUAGAUUGUGAUACAAACAAAGUUAUAUUUGCGUUAGUAUGGAUGGGGUUAGGUCUUGCUCUUGGAAUCCAUGGUAUGUUUAUCAAUGAUAUCAUCUUUGAAUUCACUCAAUUUUUAGAUGUUUAUGCGUUAACUAUCAAACAUCCAAAGAAAGUAUAA